AGCGAAUAAGACUGAAAUAACUAUUUUGUCGGCACGAGAUACAACAAGGACCUGGGUUCCAGGCCGGGGCAUCAUGGGUAGGGAUGUAGGGGUAUAUAAGACCGGGUAUAACACGUGGUUGUCAUCUAGGCUUCAGAACCAACCGCGAUCUUUCGUUUCGUUUAAUUUUUCCCUUUGCCGUGCGUAAUGUCGGUUACCAAGGACGAAGUGUCCGACCUAAUUAAAGCCAACAACGAUCAGUUAAUGGCCUCCUUUAUGGAGCUGCUCAAGGACACUGCAGGUCAGAUUAACCGUGCUAACGAAACUUCGACAGAACAGAAAAUGAAAGAGAUCAAGAAACUGAAAUUUCAAGAACCACACAAGUUUAAAAGAAAAGCCAAUGAAGACCAGUACAAGUUCAAUCUUAAACUUGCGGAGACCUUCGACAGCGCCAAGUCCGCCGCCGAGAAGUCCAACCUUGAGAAAGUGAAGUCCGACCUCGAAGAAGGUGAGAAAUUGCUCGUGGAACGGCAAAAACACAUUCUUCUUGCUGACAAGUCCGAAUACGGUUGGAGUACGGUCGAAGAAUACAAACAUCACGAUCUAGCAGAUGAUUCGGAGGACGAAAAACGCAUCUACAGUGCUGAGAGACGUGCCCGUGCAGUUAUGUCUUCCCGAAAGAAGAAGUCUUCAGCAAUGGCUGCGACCAAAAGAUCUUCUCCGCUCCGCGGGUCGGUUUUGCCUUCAAGUUCCCAAUCGCAAACUCGGUCCUUCCUGCCAGCCACUGCCAAUUCUGGUUUCCUGCCUCGUCGUCCUAACAUUGGCACAUGCUUUGCUUGUGGAAAGACCGGGCAUUGGCGUGCCUGCCAAAGCAGUCCGGCUCUCCAACUUCAAAAUGACUAGAUGAGCAGGAUUUAUCAGGU